GGCUGCAAACUUUAGCUCACCCUUUUGUCCUGGAACCCAAACCAGGACUCUGCUUUCCUGCAAGUGGUUAUCACCAGCAAGGUCCCUACCGGUCUGCUACCACAUUCACUGAGCAUGUCCUUCACCCAAAGCUUCAGCCCAGGACCAUCAGAACAAUUGUGCCUAAUAUCCGACAAUAGUUGAGGCUGAGUGAUGGGAAAAUUCAGAGUGGGGCUCAGAACGCCACAUCCUGUACCUUCUGUUAGCCGUUGGCCCAUCCGUCCACCCGUCCAUCCACCCGUCCAUCUGUCUGUCCGUCUACCUUCUGACACACACCAGGAGCCAUCAUGGCCCCCACACUCUCUGUCUUGCUGAGCCUGGGGCUGUGUCUGGGCCUGGGGACAGGAGACAAAGGCACUUUCUGCAGACCCUCCCUCUGGGCUGAGCCCAGCCCUUUCAUCCCCGUGGGAACAAACGUGACCCUUUGGUGCCGGGGCAGUGCCAGGACAAAGCGGUACUGCUUGAAAACCCCCCAGAGCUCUAAGUGCAGCAACCCGUCCUGGCCCAGUGGGCACGGCAAGUUCCUCAUCUGGCCGGCCAUGAAGGAGGACGCGGGGCAGUACCACUGCUACUAUGAGGGCAAGUCCCAAAGCAGCCACUCCCUGGAGCUGGUGCUGACGGGGAUACACGAGAAACCGAGACUCCAGGCCCAGCCGGGCCGCUCGGGGGACACCGGGGAGGACGUGACCCUCUGGUGUCGGGCCAAGUCCCCCUUGGACAGGUUUGCCCUGUACAAGGAUGGCCUGGCCAGCAACUCCACCAGCUUCGAAUGGACGUCCCGGGCCGACUUCCUCAUCCCGGCGACCCCUGGCCGGGAGGGCACCUACCGGUGCUACAGCUUCUCCAGCGACUGCCCCCACCUCUGGUCGGCCCCCAGCGACCCCCUGAAGCUCAGCAUUGUGGACACCUCUCUGAGACCCGGAGCUCCGGACGACGAGGCGGCCGAGGGCUCCAAGGAGCAAGAAACCACUAGCUCUGCCUCCCUCCCACCUCCCUCUUCAUCGGAAGCUCCCUUGGGACUCCUGGAGCGCCAGGAAGGGAUCCUGAUGGGCAUCUCCCUUUUCAUCUUGCUCUUGCUCUUCCUCUUCCUCUUCUUCCACUGCCAGCGUUGGGUCCGACUGGAACCCCGGAGCAACGAGGCAGAAGAUGAGGAGACCCUGCAGAGCUCUAGCUCGGCAGAGGCCAUGCAGGAACAGAUCUUGUACAUGGCCGUGAAGAACAGCAGACAGAACAGACCCAAGAAGCCUGCUGCCGGAGACCUCCAGGAAGUGAUUUAUAGCCAGAUGAUGCCCUUGAACCCUACCAGGACCUUGCUUGGGCACCCUUCCCAUCUCGCUCCCCACCGGUCAUCCAGUGACUGAGAGGUCAAGGACGAGGGCCGAACUCGCUCCCCUCUCCCCGUGGCACCCACUGAGUUAACCUGAGCCCCACGAGCCCCAGCCUUGGCUUCCGGGAAUGUCCAGAAAUGCAUUAGCUCCCCUGUCUCAAGGAAAAUCAGGCCCAGAAGCCAGCAGCGGCCACGUUUUAGCACGUGGCCCUCGACCUCGCCUCUGGAAAGCCAGAGGCCCGGCUGCCCUCCCUUCGCUUCCCCCGACCUGGAUCACAGGCACCGCUUCCAUCCCAUGGUCUCUGUGUCCUUCCAGUCCCUGCCAGGCCCCUCAGCCCGCCCCAUGUUUCAGGAGUAGAAGGGAAGGAGACGCUCUAGCAGCUAACAGAAGGAAGUUCAUUCAGCCAAGAAGAUCAGAGGGAGGAAAAGGCCUCCCAGAUCUCCUGUGGGCCAGGUCAGCCAGCCAAGCAGCACUCAUUAAGCACCUGCUGUAUGCAUGCCAGGUGCCGUGCUAAGGGCUGGGGAUGCGCCCCCCCCCCCCCCCCCCCUUCCUCCCACCCCAGCCGGGGCCAGCGGGUCACGGCAGGAGGCUGAGGCCCUGGGCCAUUUAGCUCUCAAGUAUGUUUCAGUUCCUUUUAAGGGAAAACUCCAUAGGGAGGGGCCUGGGAACUGCUCCCACACAGAUGGCCCUGAAUACUGUCAGCUCAAAGGAGAUUAUAAAUGUGAUGAGCUGAAGCUGAGACCAAUAAAGGCAGUGACUGC